AUGGGUGCUGAUAAAGGCCAGGGUCCGGCCCAGGAUGGGCUAAUACCCGCUACUUUCGUUGUCGAGCAUCUUGAUCCGGAACUUGGGUCAUGGUCUGCACUGGAGUAUAGAUGCAUUGCUGAAGAGCUGGGCAACGCCGGGUCAAAAUUCAUGUUGACAUCCGUGCAAGAAUCUCUGCGCCUACCGACAAGCCUGUCGUCACAGAGUAACCUGGGUGUUGAGCACCAGAGCGUGGAGGAGCUCUUUUCAGACAGGAAGUCGGCCAUUUGCCUCUUGGAUCCAGCGGCAACCACAGAGCUGUCGCCGGCUGACGGAGAUGAGUUUCGAAUUUUCCUGUUUGGCGGUAUACUCGGCGACCAUCCACCACGAGACCGGACCUCUGAAUUGAGGCAGAAGGGGUAUGCAUGCCGUCGAUUAGGCCCCAAGCAGAUGACUACAGAUACCGCCGUCAGAGUGACGCGGAUCGUGACCCAGGACAAAGGUAUGAAUUAA